AUGGAGGAGUGGGAGUAUUUAGAAGGACACAAGGAUCUCUACAAGGACGUCAUGAUGGACAAUCAGCCGCCCCUCACAUCACCGGGUAAGAACUGGAAAGUAGAAGAUGAGGACAUCACACAGUAUAGUCCAGGAGAAAACCCGGCUCCCUCCAAUGUUCAUCCGGCACCACCCAGUGUAGAUGGACCAUCGGAUUCCUCGUAUCCUGAGGAACCACAGACUGUGCGGGACCGGGCCGGCCUUCCAACAGAGAAGAGGUUUCCCUGUACUGAGUGCAGGAAGAGUUUCCAUUUUAAAUCCCAUCUUAACGUACAUAUAAGAUCUCACACAGGGGAAAAACCACAUUCCUGUCCAGAGUGUGGGAAAUUUUUCCAUUUUAAAUCGGGUCUUUAUGUGCAUAAAAGGACUCACAUAGGUGAGAAGCCAUUUUCGUGUCCUGAGUGCGGGAAAUGUUUUUCACAAAAGUCCAAUCUUGAAAUACAUCGGUUUCUGCAUACAGGUGAGAAGCCAUAUUCCUGUUCUGAGUGCAUGAAAUGUUUUUCCCAGAUGUCCACUCUUUACAGACAUCAGAGAUCUCACAUGGGGGAGAAGCCAUAUUCCUGUCUUGAGUGCGGUAAAUGUUUUGCGCAGAAGUCCAAUCUUCAUAUACAUCAGAGAUCUCACACGGGGGAGAAACCAUAUUCUUGUUAUGAGUGUGGAAAAUGUUUUGUACAAAAAUCAGAACUUGCCAGACAUCAGAGAACUCACACGGGGGAGAAGCCGUAUUCCUGUCCAUGUUGUGGGAAAUGUUUUUCAAUGAAGUCAAAUCUUUCCACACAUCAGAGAGAUCUCACACAGGAGAGAAGCCGUAUUUCUGUCCUGAGUGCGGGAAAUGUUUUUCACAGAAGACCAGUCUUUCCAGACAUCAGAAAUCUCACACAGAGGAGACGCAAAUUUCCUGUCCUGAGUGAGGGAAAUGUUCCUCACUGA